AAUUAGGGUUUAUGGUGUGAGUACUCUGAACCAUUAACCAGAGCAAUACAGAGUUCGAGAAAGAAGGAAAAUCAAUGGCGUCGAGGGGUGUUUCUCUGAAGGCGAAAGGCAAGAGCUCGAAGGGGAAGGCAUCGGAGGAGAAAACAGCGUGCGAGUGCCUGAAGGAGUGGACCACAUGGACGAUGAGGAAAGCCAAAGUGGUGACUCACUACGGAUUCAUCCCUUUGAUCAUCAUCAUUGGUAUGAACUCUGACCCCAAGCCCCAGCUUUCCCAGCUUCUCAGCCCCGUCUGAUUCUCAGUUUCCAUCGCUCUUUCUUCAAUUCCCAUCACUCUGAUGUGAUAUAUUAUAUGUAGUUUGCUUUAUUCUGGAUAAUUUUGAAAGACGCAGUAGAAGAAUAAUCUGUUUAUUUCUAUAGUUAUUAUGAUAUCUAAAUGUUGUCUAUGCGCUUCAAUUUGCAUGAUCUGAAAGAUGAUUAUAUUUUUAUGGAUGGUAAUGGUUAGCUACAUGAAA